AUGACAAGAGAUUUGGCUAGACUUUCAAUACUUCAGUUUUUAACUACUAUGUAUUUUGCCCUAUGUUUCUUGGCAACAUUGUUUAGCUGUUUCUCGUCUUCUCUCCAUAUCCUCUCUCAACAUGGGAAAUUGAUUAAAAAUGACUUAGAUAUAAGGAAAUUCUACAAUGAGGUUCCAAGGGACAUAGUUUUAGUGAAAUUACUUAGGAGAUUAUACGCUUCACAAUUUAUAUUGGUCCGGAAGAGCUUGUUCAAAUACUUUUACAUCGUUGGUAUUUUUGCGUGUCUAGGCUUUAUGUUUAUUCAAGAUAAUACAUCUAAUAGAAUGAUUAUGUUCACGAUACAUGUUUUGCGGAGAUUUCUAGAGGAGAUUUUUAUUGCUAAACAUAACAGUAACAAAAGCUCUAUGAGCUUAGUAACGUUUUUAUUUGGAAUAUCUUAUUACAUAAUGAUGCCUAUUGCCAUUAGCUUGACGUGGAAGUCUACGAGUUCACCUUGCUUAAUCCAAGUAGUUGUAUUUUUUUUGUUUUCAGCGCUUCAAUUUAUGAGUCAUAGGACUCUAUCGAAUAUUAGAAGACACUCUAGAAUGUAUGAUAUUCCUUGUGGAGGAUUGUUCAAUUGGAUAUCCUGUCCACACUAUCUUUGCGAAAUUGGUAUAUAUACAUCAUUAUUUGCUGAUAUAUUUGUUUAUGGAGUUCAUUAUCUUUGGAUAUAUUUUGCUAUGAUGUACAUUACAACUUGCAUGAUUGUAAAUGCUAUACGUUCACACAAGUGGUAUAUUGAAACCUUUAGAGAAUCAUACAUCAAACUCAAUAGGAAGGCAAUUGUUCCAUUGGUUAUAUAA